GCGCAGCGGGGCUCUUCAGUGCGCUGUUUCGGCCUGUUUCGGCACUGGCCGGACAUUUUCGCCUCUUUGUUUUACUGAUAGUGGAUUUAACUCGGAUUCAACCCAAUAUCCAGCGGACCGCUCUGGCCAUAAACAGCUGUGUGAAGUGGAGCACAGGAUGCAGAGUUAACACCACCCUGUGUCUCGCAGAAGAAGCCCGGCUGCCAGACCUUCAGCAGUAGACACAUGGCGGCAUUAGGGAACCCCGAGAUGUUAACCAGGAAGAUUAAACUGUGGGACAUCAACGCCCACAUCACCUGUCGUCUGUGCGAGGGGUACCUGAUCGAUGCCACCACGGUCACUGAGUGCUUACACACCUUCUGCAGGAGCUGUUUGGUGAAGUACUUAGAAGAAAACAACACGUGUCCCACAUGUCGGAUUGUCAUUCACCAGAGCCAUCCACUGCAGUACAUCGGCCAUGACCGAACAAUGCAAGAUAUUGUCUAUAAGUUGGUGCCAGGGCUGCAAGAAGCGGAGAUGAAGAAACAGAGAGAAUUUUAUCAGAAGUUAGGCAUGGAGGUGCCUGGAGACAUCAAAGGAGAGCUGUGUAACAUGAAAACUCACCUGGAGUCACAGCGCAAUGGUGACCUGAAAUCAGAAGAUCCAGCCAAUAAGGAAGCAGGAGACGAGAAAGCAGAGGAGGACAAUGACUACCAUCGCAGUGAUGAGCAGGUGAGUAUCUGUCUGGAGUGUAACAGCAGUAAGCUCAGAGGACUCAAGCGGAAGUGGAUUCGUUGUUCGGCUCAGGCAACCGUUCUCCACCUCAAGAAGUUCAUCGCGAAGAAGCUAAACCUGACAUCUUUCAAUGAGCUGGACAUCUUAUGCAAUGAAGAAAUCUUGGGCAAGGACCAUACUUUGAAAUUUGUUGUGGUAACGAGAUGGAGAUUUAAGAAAUCCCCCCUCCUCCUUCAUUACAGACCCAAAAUGGAUCUGCUGUAGUUGGACAAAAACGCUUGGUUGUUUUGGCCCAGUGGCUGAGGACUGUGCUACGUGCUAUAUAUGCAGAGACCAUCAACGCCCACACCAAACAAACACCCGUCAACACAGAUACGAGCCAGCAAACAACAAAACCAGCACAGCCACUGCAACACUGGCGACUUUUGGGAACAACCGCUUUUCUCUGUUUGUUCGUCCGCUAUAUGUCCUAGAUAUGUGAAAAAUUGAGAGAAAGCAUAUAUUUAUACUUUUGUAUAGAUGAGAGAAGUGGAACCGACUGUUUACACUAUUAAAACAAAAAAAGACAAAAAAAAAAAAGGUCAUGAGAAAAGGUUUAACUUUUUUUUGUACCAUUGGACUUUGUUCCCACUUCAAUUAUGGACAAAAAGAUGGUGCUCGGUGUCUGCCGUCCUCCGUGGAAGUGUCCACUUUUACACUGCUAACCAGAAGAGAGGAGGCGUUUCAAACUGACCGCUCUCUCUCUCAGGUCUUACCCAACACUUCUCGGGAGCGCAGAGCCUUUCUAAGCUUAUAUAAAGCAGUUUAUAUGAGUGUAUUAUUUCAGAGCGGUUUCUUUCUUUACUUUUUGGCGUCGCUACGAGUGGAAUUGUGAAUAGGCAAAUUUAUGUGUAGUAUUUAUGUUCUAUUUACCAAUAUUGUAUAUAAAAGUUGUUGGUGGAGAGAAGGGAUGAAAGAUGUAAUGAAAGUGUGUGUGUGUGAAAGACUAAAAGGCUAAAAAAAUAGAGACCGAUUAGAGUGGUUUUCCAAAAGUGCUACAUUUUGGCCUGUGUUUAUGUGGCUACAUGGAAAAGACAUAAAUAUUCAGCUAAAUUCAAGGCAGAUUCCAAAUUGGGUGAAUCUCACUAAAUAUUUUCACCCCAAAAUCAAAAGAAAAAAAGAAAUUGUAUUUUGCUUAACGGAAAUGAAGCUCGGUUUUGGGACCAUUAAGAUUUGUUUUGCCAUUAUUUUCAGUACAAUUACGCACAUUCCCUGCCCGAAUUCAAACAUUAUCAUAAUGCAUCUGCUUGUUUUAUGUUUUUGUGAUUUUCAUUUUUUUCAGUACAGAUUUGCAUUACUUUAAUACAGUAAAAAGUGUAUUACAGGAACAUUGUAUUACAGUAAAAAAAUCAUUAUUUUUAUCAUUAUUUACAGCACACCUUAAAGUCAGUACAGUGUAUACAUCUGUGAUGUAUAAAUACAAUUUUAAAAUCACCUUUUUAAAUUUUUUUUGGAAUAUAUAAAAAAAACAAUGCGGUAAUGAGCAGUUUUGUAGAAUGUUAUUUAUUAAGAAAAUAAUGUCACAAUGCAAAAAAAGUCUUAAUGGUCAUAUAAACAAUCUUCUUUUUCUUAAAUAUAAUUUAAUAAAUGAAUUAUAAUAAUAAUUAUAAUUAUUUUACAAAAGAUAUAAAUUAUUUAGCGUUUUUUUUUUUUUUCAUUAGAUUUUGGGGUAAAAUAUGACCCAAGAAAUUUGACAAGAGUUAUGAAAUUCACUCUAUCAGUACAUCUCUUUUUAGUGGUGCAGACGUUUUUUGAUGCAAAAAGCUUAUAUUUUGGUUCUCUUUAAUUAAGGAUGAUUUUUAAGUGUCUAAUUAAACGCAUCAGUGAUUAAAAUUGAUUUUGAACACAAAAGGUGCUUUUAAUCAUUUGAUUCUCCCAAAUGUUAAUUUGCAGCUCUAGAAUCAUUCAGUGUGAGGAUGAAUCCUUAGUAUGUUAAUAUCUUUAACUUACUUUCAUAAACAGCCAACCCCUCAUAUACACGUACGUCCCGUUGUAUAAUCCCACAGCCUCAAUGUCAUAUAUGCAAUGCAUUACCAUUUAAUUGAAGAUGAAACAUUCAGUCCUUACAAUGACGUGAUGUCAGUUCUCUGCUCCUCCGCAGUACGAAUGUAACCCACAAGUAACCGUCCAUAUGUAUUGUACAGUUAUUUGUUUUAUCACUGUCUUUAGUGCCAAAGGCUUCAUACUUCCUCCUGACUUCACUCUAUUCCGAAUGGCAAGCUGCAUGAAUGGCAGAAUGCGAAAAGCGUUUGACCUUAACUCAUUUAAUAUAGAGGAAUAUGGCAAAUUGAGAUCAGAGUAUGAUUUUUCGGGUUAGGUUAGUGAAAAUUGGCUAGUUGUUGAAAUCGAUGGAUGUAUUUAUUUAUUUUUGUUUUGUGAGCCCUAAUGAAUUAAGGUCGUUUUUAUUUUCAUUGUGGCAGACAAACUGCUUCUAGUUGAUCGAAUAUUAAAGGGCUCUUAUCAGAUUUCUAACGUAAAUGUAUUUGAAAUCUUUCUUAAAGAGCUAAUUGACUUUUUAUAUCCAAACAUUUACUUAAAACGUCUGUUUUUACUUUAAAACAAUCCACUAUAGCAGUCAACUUUUACACGGGUAAAUGCCAAACCAGCUUGACCAAAUCUCUCUGGAUCUCAUCAUUAAGUUAUUCCGUAAAUACUGAAUGAUUUUUUUUGUAUAUCCAAUACUGGAGUCUUGCCCAUGAGUCUUUUUUUCGCUGUCUUAUAAUGUGAAUUAUCUCAGUAUGCAUUCUGUUUUCAGCUUCACUGCAUAUUGUUUGGCUUUAUUGCAUCACCAAUACGCUCUUGUAAAGAGGAUGAUGUCAUGAUGGUUUAAAUGUUGCGUUCUCGUAUGUAUCAGCCAUUUCACGCAAACAUUUAAAUGGCUAGUGUUCCAAACACAGACUGCAGGUUUAUUCCUGGUGAUGAAAAUGCAACAAAUGCAUGAUUUUACUGUUUUUAUUUUAUGCGUUUCUGAAACUCAUUGACAUGGUGAAGGCUGGUGUUCGCUGGCGUUUCUCCCAUUUGAGCCAAUAACUGGUGCUAAUGUUUUGUACCUUUCAAAAAUAAACCGAACUAAACAUGGUGCUGACCAGGGCUGAGUCUUAAAAUACCUGUAUAGCUUUUUGAAAUGCUUGGUGCUCUCAGGUCUUGUGAAACUUGUUUUUACAGCCUGUUUUUGAGGAAAGUUGGUUAUGGAUUCAUGGAUUUUCUUUUACUGCUGUCCUAGAACACUCUGAAUAAGUCUCAAAUGGAAAAAUAACACCACCAUUGUCAUAAAGGAACGCUGGCAUUUAGAGUAAAGACCUGUUGUACAUCAUUUCCACAGCUUUGCUCGAUCAUCCCAGGAUUUGAACAUGGCAACUUGUUCUGGCACUGUUCUGUAUUGUUAAACCUCUAUCACAAAUCUCUAUGCGGUUGUUCCAUUUUUUUGGCGAUGAAGGCAAGUCGGAAGGCAGGGUUUUUUGCUUUAGUAUUGUUUAAAUCACCACACAGUUCCACUCUCCUAGGGCCUCAUUGUGCAUGAGAGGUGUGUUAGCGCUCUGAGGUAGAUUCGCUAUACUGCGCAGUAUUGGGAUGGAUCGAUACUCGGGCCAUGUUAUCAGGCUUGCAUUGAGACAUCAGCGCUACUUCACUUGACAGGCAGGCUGUAAGAAGCUUACUAGAGGCCUGCUUUACUGCUUUAGAAGCUGUGGACUGUGUCCAGACUGAAGUUGCCAAGACUGGAGGCUGGUUGUCUUAUUUCCUUUUGCUAGUUUUUUUUUUUGGCAGCGUGUGGCCCUGCGACAAUGGUGCUCCGUGACUGACUUUGAAAUUUGAAACUGAGCUACAAAUCUGGAGAUGUAGAGAUGAUAUCAGAGGAUGAUCCUUAGGUGAAUCUCAGGAAAUUAUCUGUAACAUAUCUGUGUCGUAUUUCACCCCCCCCAAAAAAAGAAGUUAUAUUUUGCUAUUGUGUAACGACCAGUGUGCUGUUUUGAAAUACAUUUUCAUCCAAUUGUCGUAAUGCAAAAAAAUAUCUCAUUACUGUAAUGUAAAAAGAUUAUAUUUAAUUAUUUAUACAUGUAAAUCAUGGGGGAAAUAAACUGAAAAUGGCCAGAUGUGUUAUGGUAAUGAUAAUUUGGGGGCAAGUUUGGCUUAAUUGUCAUGUUAAAAAUUUUGUCAUUUACUCUUCCUCAUGUUUUUCUGAACUUGUAUGCAUUUCUUUUUCAGUUGCUGAUUGACUUCCAUUGACUUUCAAAGUAUUUUUUUUUUCUCCAUAUAGUGUAAUUCAAUGGCUACCAGAAACAGUUUGGUUACCAACAUUCUUCAAAAUAUCUUGUGUUAUAUUCAACAGAGGAAAGAAAUUCAUACAGGUUUGAAACAACUAAAAGGUGAGAAAAUUAUGGUAUAAUUUUCAUUUUUGAGUGAACUAUGCCUUUUAAUGGUCUAAGAAUAUGGUUAAUUUUCUAUAUAUAAAAUAUAAUUUCUUUUUUUUUCCGGAGUGAAAUUCGACCUAGACAUGUUUUCACGAUUCACCUCUUUGUGACAACAGAAAACAUUUCAAUAAAAAAAAAUAAAACUGCCCAUUUCUCCAUCGUGCAAAAUUUCAGCUGCGCUGGAAAGCACUUCUUAUUUAUUGUCUUUUGAAAAGCUUACAGCAGCCCUAAAAGGGCACCAUUUCGGUUUAUUUCUCAUUCUGUAUAUCAUCUCUCUCCAGUCACUCUCUCGAGUCAGGAUUGUCUGUCCUCUGAGUCAUCUACCAUGAUUGUAUUCUCACUAGUGCAGUGUGUUUAAAGAGCACUCUGCAUUAAGGUCUGAGAGUCUGUAAAAUCAGACGAUGAGGCCGAAACACAGAAACCGCAAUCCCGCCUAAUAGGGUUUCAGCGGGCGACUUUUCUAAGGCUGUGUUGAUUGAGCUACUAUGAUUGGUCAGUUUUUGGGUUCCACUGAUUAUGAGCCUGAUUGGCUAGUGGUUGCCAGGUAUGUCACUAUGGCUAUUGUUUGCUGUCAGUUAAAAGCAUUGCAACAUCGCUGUAAGAAAUCUGUCUUAAUUGGCAGCAGGAGCUUGUUUUGGCAACCGGUUUUCGCAGUUAUUUGCAGUCUGUGUAUUGUAUUUGGAUUGUUGUUGAUUUGAAGAAACUAACCUUCAAGGUAGCACCUCCGAAUGAGCCAUAUAUAUAUAUUUAUCACACUUCUCACAUUUCUCCCCCAUUAAAUGUUAUUUAUUUAUACUGUAAAGACUGAAGUGAUCUGAAAUAUAAAGCGUGUCGAGAUUUGCCGCCUCUCAUCGAUAUCUUCAUCUGUACAUGCUUUGAUUGCUAUAUACAGGAUUUGAACAUGAUGAAAUAGUGUCACUUAAGCAUUAUAUCCCUUUUCCUUCUCUGUCAUUCAGCAUAUAGUCUUAUCCAUGUAUGCGCUUUGUGUAUAAAAGAAGCUGUAAAUUCAUUUUAAGGUUGUGGUGGGACUGGGAAAAAGCAUUCAGACUGGGUCGUGUGGAACGAUCGUUAUGUAUCCGAGGAAAAAAAAAGUGCAAUAUAUGUCUCUCAGAUGGUUCUUGGUUUCAGCUCUGGAAGCUUCAUUCGAUUUAUAUCUGUUCGUUAGGUGCUCAGGUCACAGAUAGAGUCCAUACAGUUCUCAUCCCUCUGAUUCUACGGGUGCCUGCUUGGCUCAAUUCACACUAAUGUUCCAUACAUAGCUCAUUGUUUUCCUAACUUUUGUUUUUUGUUUGUUUGGUUUUUUUUGUAACCGCUAUUAAGUUUCUUUUAGUGGUAAAAUAUUGACAUUUUAAUAGUGUCCUUUUCCUUGUCUCUCUUUUUUUUUUUUCUGGCAUAAUGAUUAUUUAUUGCACAUGGUUUCCAUAGUCACACAAAUGAGUUUUGUUUAAACUGGGCUGGAGUUUCUUACAAUUUUAUGGAAGCUUUUGUUGAAAUUUUGAAAGUGUGUAUUUCAUGAAUAAAUGCCUUAAAAAGAAGUGUGUCUCUCUCUGUCUUCUGCUUGCAACAUUAGAGUACAUUAAAUUAGAAUUUGAUCACAUAAAGUCCCUUUUAAGGAGUUUAAAUUUCCCAGGCAAGUAUACAUUCUAUGUACUAUGUAUGAAUGGCAACAUCUAUGAACCUUUUUGUUAAUAUUACAUUUAAAUAAGAAUGUUACUGGAUCUGAUUUUCAUUUUUAUAUGUGUGAACUGUCUUAUGUCCCUGUUAUAUGCUUAUCAGUGUCAGGGUUGUGCACAUAUUAUAGAUAGAUUUAAUAUUUGGGCUAACUUUUAUUUUUAUUAAUUUUUAUUUUAGCUUUAGUUGUUUUAGCACAUCAAGUUUUCAAAUUUAAAAUUUGUUCAAAUUACAGUUUUAUAUUUUAUUUCAGUUAACUUUUGAGGAUGCCUUUGGAAUUUCAGUUCAUUUCCUGAAUUUGUAUUGCAGUAGUAAACAGAAUGCAGAAUUGCAAUUUACCUAUGAAUUUAAAU